AUGUUUUCAUAAAUAUUCAUUCUCUCUCCCAGAGGUGACACCAUUAUCAAUCGGGAUUUCAGAUCGGAUUUACCUAAAUCCACACCUGAAACCUUCUUCAGAUAAGCUAAAACCUACUCAGGAGAUGCCAAUCCUUUAUUUACUGUAGAUUGCAUCCAAUUUGCUCAUAUCAAAAGAGGAGGAUUGUACAUUGUUGGCACAUCCAGAUUCAACUUACAACCAGCUAUGUCAUUAGAAUUAUUGGAUCGAUUAGCAAAAGAGAUCAAAGAUUUUUGUGGAGUCAUCAAUGAAGAAGUCCUUAGAAAGAAUUUCAUCCUGAUCUACGAGAUUCUAGAUGAAUCAUUUGAUUUUGGCUACCCUCAACUCAUGGCUACAGAAUAAAUCAAACCACUCAUUGUGAAUGACCCAAUUCAGCCUUAACCUGAUUCAGUCAUGAAUUCCCUGAGACCAAAGAUUCAAACGUUCAACAUUUUUGUUCCAAACACCAUUGGAAGUCAAGCAGUCUAGCGAUCGGUAUUAAACAAAAAUUAAGCAAAUGAAAUUUUUGUUGAUAUUUAUGAAAAACUCAAUGUUCUCUUUAAUUCUAGUGCAUAUGUUAUCAAUUAGAGUAUUGAAGGAUGUAUACAAAUGACAUCAUUUUUAUAAGGAAAUCCACCUCUAAAAUUGGCAUUGAAUGAAGAUCUUCAAAUUGGAAGAUAACAAGGGUAAUAUUCAGCUGGAGUCACCUUGGAUGAUUGCAAUUUCCAUGAGUGUGUUAAUGCAAAUGAAUUGGAUAUGAAUAAAACCUUGCGUAUACAACCUCCUGAUGGUUAAUUCGUUGUUAUGAAUUAUCGUAUAAGUGGAGAUUAUGCUGCUCCUUUUAGACUGUUUCCCAUCAUUGAAGAGGUUUCCUCAUCUAAAAUCGAAGUUACUAUAAAAUUGAAAGCCUGCUUUGAUGCCAAAAUAAUUGCAUCUUAUGCAAAUGUUCGAAUUCCCAUUCCAAAACAAACUGCAAAUGCCUAUCCUGAAUUAGUUAAGAAUGCUUAAUUGGAGACUGCUGAAUAUGAUUCAAAUAAAAAGAUGGUCGAAUGGUAGAUCAAGAAACUUUGUGGUGGUUAGGAAAGAUCAUUAAAAAUUAAAUUGACUCUAUAGGCGACUUAGACUGCUCACACUGCAAGAAAAGAGAUUGGUCCUAUUGCAAUGAACUUUGAAAUACCUAUGUUUAAUGUAAGCAGAUUGCAAAUCAAAUACUUGAGAAUUGAGGAGAGAGGCAAUACUACCAAUCCUCAUAGAUGGGUGAGGUAUAUUACAUAGAGUAGUUCCUAUGUAUGUAGAAUCUGAAAUUAAAUUAAUAUGCAUAAUCAUAUUUUCAAAAUGUUUAUA